AUGAAGUUGUCCAACGGCAUUCCCAUGUGUUCGAGGGAUGCGCGCCUCCUCUACCUGAGCUGCCUCACUUGCACCGUUCUCCUCUUGGGAGCUCUCGGUUACAGCGUGUGGCUGCACUCCGACGUCUACACAUCCUCCCUAUUCGGAAGCGCCGUCGACACGCUCACGAACCCAAACGGCCCCAGCAAUGGCGCAAGUUCGUCGAUGCAGAACGAGCCGGAUCUCAGUGGGUUCAAGUAUUCCUUCAUAUUGCCAACCUAUACGGCGGACAUACCGCUCGCCAUCGAGUUUCUUCAAUCCUUCAUGUGCCUCUGCACUGACUACAGGGAGAUCAACAUCCAUGUGAUCGUGUCCGACUCGUCCGAGCACGAGCUCUUCCGCUCGGCAUUGGACGACCUGGCGCCUUGCGGGGAGAGGUUCGGCAUCUUCCCCGUGCCGCCGGGGAACGUGGGCGGGUCGAGGCCGAACGUCGAGAUCGUCAACCUCUUCGACAUUCUCCCGCCCGUGUUCCACACGCUGACGGGCGGCAACAUCACGGCCGACGACACGUCGGCGCUGCUCCGGGAGCGCGGCAAGUUCCAGUACCAGACGAUCAAGAAGCUGGCGGCGGCGGCGGCGCUCGACUACGACUGGGCGCUGUGGGUCGACUCCGAGUCCAUCGUGGUGCAGCCGUUCAGCGCGCGCCGCUCGUUCGGCGCCUACGCCCGGGCCCCGACCGUGUGGCGGUCGAGGCUCGCGAACCGGGACUCGAUGCGGGCCAUCAUGAGGGGCGCCGCGGACGUGCUGCGCCUGCCGGAGGACACGUUCGGCCCGGACUUUUGGAACCUCGAGAGCCAGCAGUGGAUGGUUGAGAGGGCCGUCCUCGACGACCUCGUCCGCCACGUCGAGGCCGCCCACGGCCGGGACUUCUGGGCCGUCUGGGCCGCCCACGGCGGGCCCUUCGAGGUCAACCUGUACAACCUGCACGUCCACUCGAGGAAGCUGGAGACGACCGACCCCAUGUUUGGGAAGUACCGCAUCCUGGAGACGGAGACGGAGAUGGAAAAGUACGGCGUGUGUAAGUGCAGCUUCUUUUUUCUUCUUUUUUUUUUCUCUCUCUCUCCCUUGUUUUGUGUACAUGUCGACCCGCAAACCGUGGGCUAUCCAACUGUCUUUUGCUGA